AUUGCCACCCACACAACCUACACUUAUCUCUCCGUCGCGCACCAUGACCAUCCCAUUGAACGGCACUGCUGUCCACGGCGACAUUGAGGCGCCCCCGCGUCCGAAGGAUGUCGGUAUCCUCGCUAUGGAGAUGUACUUCCCCCAGAGGUGCAUCUCGGAGGAGGAGCUUGAGGAGUUCGAUGGUGUUUCAAAAGGGAAGUACACCAUCGGUCUCGGCCAGAAGUACAUGGCCUGCUGCGAUGAUCGCGAGGACAUCAACUCCUUUGCGCUGACCGCCGUCAUCAACCUCCUGGAGAAGUAUGACAUCGACCCCAAGUCCAUCGGCCGCAUCGACGUCGGCACCGAGACCAUUAUCGACAAGUCCAAGGCGACGAAGACCGUCCUCAUGGACCUCUUCGCGGAGGCAGGCAACACUGAUAUCGAGGGCGUCGACUCGAAAAAUGCGUGCUACGGUUCUACUGCUGCGCUCUUCAACUCCGUCAACUGGGUCGAGUCGACGUCAUGGGACGGCCGGAACGCUAUCGUCGUCGGCGGCGACAUCGCCAUUUACGCAGAAGGCAGCGGACGCCCAACGGGCGGUGCUGGCGCGUUUGCGAUCUUGAUCGGUCCUAAUGCACCUCUUGCGAUUGAGCCCAUCCACGGCACGCACAUGGUGAACACCUACGACUUCUACAAGCCCAAGCUUGACUCGGAGUACCCCGAGGUUGACGGCCCCCUCUCCAUCACCACCUAUGUCUCCGCCAUCGACGCUGCCUACGGCGCAUUCCGCCGGAAGCACGCCAAGGCGAAGAAGGUCGCCAGCUUGAACGGCAACGGCGAUGCUGCUGCGCUCGCUGCUUUCUCCCUCGAGGACGUGGACUACCCCGUCUUCCACAGCCCAUACGGCAAGAUGGUCCAGAAGGCCCACGCUCGUCUUAUCUACAACGACUUCAUCUCGAACCCCAAGUCCCCCAAAUACGCCAACGUGCCGAACCCCGAGGCGAUCCUCGCGCAGCCGUACAAGGAGUCGCUCACGGACAAGGCGCUCGAGAAGACGUUCAUGGGCGUCGCCAAGGCGGAGUUCGAGUCGACCGUCGAGCACUCGAUGCGCUGCGCACGGCGCUGCGGGAACAUGUACACGGCCUCGCUCUACGGCGGGCUUGCGUCGCUCCUCGCGAGCGUGGCGCCCGCGGAGCUGCGCGGGAAGCGCAUCAGCAUGUUCGCGUUCGGCAGCGGGCUGGCGAGCAGCUUCUUCACGAUCCGCGUCAAGGGCGACACCAGCGCGAUCCGCGAGAAGCUGGACCUCAUCAACCGCCUCGCGGCGAUGCAGGUCGUGCCGUGCCAGCAGUACGUAGACGCGCUCGAGUUGCGGGAGAAGAACCACAACGCGGGGUCGUACGUGCCCGAGGGCUCGCUCGACAACAUCUGGCCGGGCGGAUUCUACCUGGAGAGCAUAGACGGGAAGUACCGCCGCAAGUACCUGCGCAAGCCGAAGGCGUGAGUACGUAGGGUGGUCGCUGUCUGCCCGUUGUCCGUCUGUCGUGCUGCUCGACAUCCUCAGCACGACGCUGUCGUUCCCGCAUAAUAAUACCACCAUACGUAUGUACUAUCGCAUUGCUUUGUCUUGCUGGACGUUGCUUGUAGGCCGCUCGCGACGGGUCUCCUAGAUUGACCAUGUGUAAUAUUAAAGCCAAUCCAUUCUCGGAUCCUCA